AUGAGUGAAUCAAAGACAAAUGCUGUAUCGGAUACACACAAAGUAACAAAAACAAUCGUUACCUCGCCUGAAAUUUAUAAACCAGUUGGACCUUACAGCCAAGCUAUAUUGUCAAAUAAAACCCUCUAUGUAUCUGGUGUCCUCGGAUUAGACCCUCAAGCUCAAUUGGUAUGCGGUGGCGCUGAAGCGCAAGCUAAACAGGCUUUGGAUAAUUUAAAGCAUGUCCUCGAAGCUGGAGGAUCUUCACUUCCUGGUGUCAUAAAGACUACUAUAUUACUCGCUAACUUGGAUGACUUUCAAGUAGUUAAUCAGAUAUACGCACAAUAUUUUCCGAAGGACCCACCUGCGCGUGCCACAUAUCAGGUGGCCAGGUUGCCGCUCGGGGCUGCCGUCGAAAUAGAAGCUAUUGCCCUCAGCGGUGACCUGGUCAUUGCAGAGGCAGGCCCUUGCCCUUGUGCUCGCUUGUAG